CCGUCGCGGUCUGCGAUGGGGAUGGUGAGUGUCGCGGGAAGGUGAGGUUAGCCAAGAUGGCCUCGUCCGACUCGGAGCGUAAGCGAAAGGAGCCCGAGGUGGAUGUCGGCAGCGAGGAGGCGGAGGCGGCGGCGGGGGACGAGGAGGACGAGGAGGAGCGCUGGGUCGGGCCGCACCCCGGGGAGGCCGCACAGGCGAAGAAGAGGAGAGUUCUUGAAUUUGAACACGUUUAUCUUGAAAAUCUGCCAUGUGCUUCGAUGUAUGAACGCAGCUACAUGCACAGAGAUGUUAUUACACAUGUAGCAUGUACUAAGACAGAUUUUAUUAUAACAGCCAGUCAUGAUGGACAUGUGAAAUUCUGGAAAAAAAUAGAAGAAGGGAUUGAGUUUGUUAAACACUUCCGGAGCCACCUGGGUGUUAUUGAGAGUAUUGCUGUUAGUUCGGAGGGGGCAUUAUUCUGUUCAGUUGGAGAUGACAAAGCAAUGAAGGUGUUUGAUGUGGUCAACUUUGAUAUGAUCAACAUGCUGAAACUUAGCUACCACCCUGGCCAAUGUGAAUGGGUAUAUUGCCCUGGAGAUGCCAUAUCUUCUGUUGCAACAUCUGAGAAGAGCACAGGAAAAAUAUUCAUAUAUGAUGGACGAGGAAAUAACCAGCCACUUCAUGUUUUUGAUAAACUCCAUACAUCCUCUCUUACUCAGAUACGGUUGAACCCUGUCUACAAAGUAGUAGUGUCUUCUGACAAAUCUGGAAUGAUCGAGUACUGGACUGGUACUCCUCACGAAUACGAAUUUCCCAAGAAUGUGAACUGGGAGUAUAAAACAGAUACUGAUCUGUAUGAAUUUGCCAAAUGCAAGGCUUACCCAUCCAGUAUAAGUUUUUCACCUGAUGGCAAGAAAAUGGCCACUCUUGGGUCUGACAGAAAAGUUAGAAUUUUCCGGUUUUUGACAGGGAAGCUCAUGAGGGUCUUCGAUGAAUCUCUGAGUAUGUUUACUGAACUUCAGCAGAUGAGACAGCAACUUCCAGACAUGGAGUUUGGCCGACGAAUGGCAGUUGAGCGUGAGCUAGAGAAAGUGGAUGCAGUAAGAUUAAUUAAUAUAAUUUUUGAUGAAACUGGACACUUCGUUCUCUAUGGAACAAUGUUGGGCAUUAAGGUCAUAAAUGUAGAGACUAACAGGUGUAUUCGUAUCUUGGGAAAACAAGAGAACAUCAGAAUGAUGCAACUAGCAUUGUUCCAAGGAGUAGCAAAGAAACAUCGUGCUGCAAUCACUAUAGAAAUGAAGGCAUCUGAAAAUCCUGUGCUCCAGAAUAUCCAGGCAGAUCCGACAGUAAUCUGCACAGCUUUUAAAAAAAAUAGGUUUUACAUGUUUACUAAACGUGAACCAGAAGACACAAAGAGUGCAGAUUCUGACAGAGAUGUGUUUAAUGAGAAACCUUCUAAAGAAGAGGUCAUGGCAGCCACUCAGGCAGAAGGUCCCAAAAGAGUUUCAGACAGUGCCAUCAUCCACACAAGCAUGGGAGAUAUUCAUGUCAAGCUUUUUCCUGUUGAGUGCCCCAAAACAGUGGAAAACUUCUGUGUGCACAGCAGAAAUGGUUAUUACAAUGGACACAUAUUUCACCGUAUUAUCAAGGGUUUCAUGAUUCAGACUGGUGACCCAACUGGUACAGGAAUGGGAGGUGAAAGUAUUUGGGGAGGAGAAUUUGAAGAUGAAUUUCAUUCGACUUUACGACAUGACAGACCAUACACACUCAGCAUGGCUAACGCAGGACCAAAUACCAAUGGAUCCCAGUUUUUUAUAACAGUAGUGCCAACUCCAUGGCUAGACAACAAGCACAGUGUGUUUGGACGGGUAACAAAAGGAAUGGAAGUCGUUCAGAGAAUCUCAAAUGUAAAAGUCAAUCCCAAAACUGACAAACCCUAUGAGGAUAUCAGUAUCAUUAAUAUCACAGUGAAGUGAGACCGAAAAAAGGAACUAGAAAGAGCAGAAACAUUUUUGGUAAUUCCUAGAUGCAGUAAAUGCCAGGACAGAGCAAUCAUUGGUUUUACUGUUUUUAAUGUAGCUAAAGUGCCCCAAAUCUGUAUUUCUGGUAAUUUUGUACUUUAAAGUAAAAACAUCUGCAUGUUUCUUACAAAGUCUGCUGUUUUUCUUGCAUCUCUUCUAUGCAAAACUGAAGAAUAAAAACCCACACCCUGCCUCAUAUUAGCGUUUAUAAAAUAGGAUCAGGGUAUAGUUUGUAGUUUUUUCAUGUUUAUUUGCAUCUUUCAAAUCUAAUUAAUCCUUUUCACAGUAUUGAAAUCCUUAAGGUCAUAAAUCCCAAGCUGUUUAAACUCUUCAGUCAAUAUACAUGCAUCUCAGAUUAAGUUAUGAUACAGCUUGUUAUGACAAGGUAUAUAAUCUACCUUUGUCCUUUAAGAAUGGUUGUGUAUGUGUCUUCUGUGUCCAGGAGCAAGGAUCGACUCUUGGAAUGCCAGCAUAUGGAAUCCUGUGCAACGUGUUCGGCAUUGCCAGUAUUAUCUUCUUUCAGUGUUUACUUUUUCAUUAUUUUAGUCUAGGGUGUCUGUUUCUGGCUUCAUUUUUACCCAGUCCUACAAAUAUUAUUACUUCUACUGAAAUACUUAAAAUAGUAAUCAUUUCAAACUUCCAUCAGACUGCUUCUGAUGCAGUCCUCAAGGAAAACCCAGACACGUCGAGCUGUUAUGAAUCUGUGGCUAGAUACUCUCCUGUUACUAUGUUGGACAGCUAAAUCUACUCUAAAUACAGUAACAUUAACUUCAGCUGUUGAUGUUCCCGUAACACUCAGGACUUUACAAUUCUGGUAACUUGGUUCAUGAAGUGAUGCAUGCUGAUCAAAUUCAGUACCUCAAACGCUGCUACUACUAGGAAGCUUAUCUUCACUGAGAUAAAGGGAUAUCAUUAGGGAUCAAUAAGAAAAUUCUACAGUAAGUUAAAUAUAGCACACCUUUAUUUUGAAAUGACCUUAAAAAAAAAAAAAAAAAGGCAAGUUUAUUGAAAUUUGUUCUCAAAGUUUUAGACACUUUUAUUGAAAAGAAUUAGCUUUCUGGGCAACUUAAAUUGCAGCAGCUCAUGAAUUGUUUCCACUGGAAGACCCCUUUCUUUUAAGAACUUUUUACUUAACACCUACACCUACUCCACCAGUUCAGAGUAAGAACUCAGAAUAAAACCCUCAUGUACCACAUAGUCUACAAUAAAUCUGAAGGUAGCAUAUAGUAAGACCAUAUCAAAAGAAAAAACAUUAUUUUUCACUUAGCCUAGACAUACUGGUUUUGAGCUGAGAUUCUUUAAAGAAAGUCACAACACAGUCACUGGAUGUUGUAUUUACUCAAUUUCACAAUUAAGUCAAAAUCCUAUGAAAAGUUACUCAGUCUUUUCAAAUAAUCCUCACAACUGGUAAUGCUUCAGUGAGUCCUAGUUGAGGAAAUACUCCAAUUACAUACCACAUAAGUCAGUACACUAAACCUAAAGUUCAGUAAGACUGGUGAAACAAGCUUAAAUUUAUAACUGAAGCAGUUUAUAUGUAGUAUUAAUGUAUAAUACAAAUAAACCUCUUAGUGUACCUUACACUGAAGAGUUCACAGAUGAAUGCAACAAUUUCACAGUUACUUCAAGUCAUCUUAAAUAAAUUCCAUUUAAGAACACUUUUAUGGUAGCAUUCCAUGUGUCACAAGCAAUCCUUUGUACUCAAAAAUAUGAGUGAGAGUUUUUCCUCUGCCCUCAAAGGUAAUGUUACAGAAAAUCUAAACUAUUCAUCUUGAACAUUUUGAAGUGGAACUAUACUGAGAGGCAUGUAUAACUGCAGCAUAAGCCAGCUCAAAUAAAAUUACAGAAUCAGGAUUUUCCUAAAGAAUGCAUGUCUUCUCUGUUAAAAAUAUUCCAGGAAAAAGUAUCUACCAUGCUUAGCAGAACUUGUUCGUAUUUUAAAAAAAAGCUGUGAGGGGACAGUCAGCCCUACCUAGGUCUGCAUCUGCUUUCAGUACAGUCUAAGCAGACACGUCAGAGCAGCCAACUGCCUGUUGUGCAAGAAGUUACAGGCUCAGAAGCAUCAACAAUUUUUAGUUCAUUUGGUGCAAGAAAAAACACCUUUCACUUCUCUCUAAACUUUCCAAAUUCAUAAGGUGGUCUGAAGGAAGAGUGAAUACCCCUUCUCGGUACCUACAUACAUAUGUAGGCAUUGAAGCUCAUUUCUCAAACAUUUACUUGUAAAGCUUAGUGUUCUUCCAACUACUAUUCAAGUCAUUACACUUGCUGAACCAUUUGCAUGCCAUUUAAGAAACAAGAUAAAACUACAAAUAAAAGUGUCAUUUUGAGGAAGUAGUUAUCUUAAUCGCUUUGUCUUGAAAAGAAGUGCAAAUGUACUAAAUUAUUUGUUCAUACAUUCUUGGCUUUACCUAAGGUAUAUAGUGGGAAAACGUAAAAUUGAUAUUACAACAAAAGCCAUAGCCACAGAUAAUGGGAUACAUUUUUGCCUGGUGAGGUUCAGAGCACUCACAGGUAAACACAUGCUUUUCAAUGUGGCAAAAUACCUACCCCCAUCUAGGAAACAACACUUCCACUGUGUGGUUCUCCCAAUUCACCUCUACUCCAGUAACAAGUGAUGAUACAUGGUUUUGAUCUAUUGGCCAUGCUCUUUGUAGCUCCUCCUGCAACAUGAAGAGGUCCAUGGCAUGGCAUCUUCAAUUGGUGAUGGCUGUGUAUAAAAAGGAGGGCAGAAGAUACUGGUGCACAUAUCAGACAGAUAGAACUGUUAGCAGAGUUGCACGCGCAGCAG